GGCAAUCUUUCUGCCUACGUGGGAGAGAAGGCAGGGUUGGGGGAAGUGUAAAAACCUGAACCUGAGGCGCUGCAGCCUGGGGAAGAUUUUGGUGGGAGAAGUAGAGGGGGAAAGACCUGCUGGGAGGGGAGAGGUGAGGCAGACAAAUAGGUCGCUGCUCCUGGGGCGGCACAAAGUUCUUCGAGAUGUGGCUGAAGCCUGAGGAAGUGCUCUUGAAAAAUGCGCUGAAGCUGUGGCUGAUGGAAAGGUCCAACGACUACUUUGUCCUGCAACGGCGUCGAGGCUACGGGGAGGAAGGUGGAGGGGGACUCACAGGUCUUCUUGUUGGGACUCUUGAUUCUGUCUUAGACUCUACAGCCAAAGUAGCUCCAUUUCGCAUCCUACACCAGACACCAGAUUCUCAAGUUUACUUGUCAAUAGCAUGUGGAGCCAACAGAGAAGAAAUAACCAAACAUUGGGACUGGUUGGAACAAAAUAUCAUGAAGACUUUGUCUGUGUUUGAUUCAAACGAAGAUAUUACUAAUUUUGUACAAGGCAAGAUAAGAGGACUAAUUGCUGAAGAAGGAAAACAUUCUUUUGCUAAAGAAGAUGAUCCUGAGAAAUUUCGAGAAGCCCUUUUGAAAUUUGAAAAAUCUUUUGGUUUACCAGAGCAGGAAAAAUUAGUAACCUAUUAUUCGUGCAGUUAUUGGAAAGGACGGGUUCCUUGCCAGGGUUGGCUCUAUCUUAGUACCAACUUUCUUAGUUUCUAUUCUUUCUUGCUGGGAUCAGAAAUAAAACUCGUUAUCUCCUGGGAUGCAAUCUCCAAACUUGAAAAGACUUCAAAUGUUAUACUGACAGAGAGUAUUCAUGUGUGUUCCCAAGGGGAGAAUCACUAUUUUUCAAUGUUUUUGCACAUUAAUGAAACAUACCUUCUUAUGGAACAGCUGGCAAACUAUGCCAUAAAGAGACUUUUUGAUAAGGAAACAUUUGAUAAUGACCCAGUGCUUGAUGAUCCUCUACAGAUUACCAAAAGAGGUUUGGAAUAUCGGGCCCACAGUGAGCAAUUUAAUGCCUUUUUUAGGCUACCCAAAGAAGAGACUUUGAAAGAAGUACAUGAAUGUUUCUUAUGGGUACCAUUCGGCCACUUCAGUACUCAUGGAAAAAUGUGCAUUUCAGAAAACUAUAUCUGCUUUGCUAGCCAGGAUUGUAAUCUCUGUAGUGUAAUCAUUCCAUUACGAGAGGUCUUAGCUGUAGAUAAAACUGAUGACUCCAGCAAAUCUGUCAUCAUUAGCAUCAAAGGAAAAACAGCUUUUCGUUUUAAUGAUGUUAAGGACUCUGAACAAGUGGUGGCAAAACUCAGGCUCAAGUGUGGGGCAGCUGCAACUCAAUGUGAUGUUAGCACAGAGGUUGCUCUUAGUUCUGACUCUACAGGCCUAUCUGGUAAUGUUGAGGAGCAAUCUCUGACAUGCCCGAAAGAAUCCAGUAAAACUGUGAACACUGAAGCCUUAAUGACAGUUUUUCAUCCUCAAAAUUUGGAAAAUCUUGAUUCUAAAAUGUUGAAAGAAAAGAUGAAGGAACAGUCAUGGAACAUCUUAUUUUCAGAAUGUGGACGUGGUGUUAGCAUGUUUAGGACCAAAAAGACUCGAGAUCUGGUUGUAAGAGGGAUUCCAGAGACUUUAAGAGGAGAGCUCUGGAUGCUUUUCUCAGGUGCUGUUAAUGACAUGGCUACUAAUCCUGGCUAUUAUGCUGAAGUGGUUGAACAAUCCUUAGGGACCUGCAACUUGGCUACUGAAGAAAUUGAACGUGAUUUGCGCCGCUCUCUGCCUGAGCACCCAGCAUUUCAGAGUGAUACUGGUAUAUCUGCUCUGAGGCGGGUACUCACUGCUUAUGCAUAUAGGAAUCCCAAAAUAGGAUACUGCCAGGCAAUGAACAUUUUGACUUCAGUAUUGCUUCUAUAUGCAAAAGAAGAAGAAGCUUUUUGGCUUCUGGUUGCUGUAUGUGAACGAAUGUUGCCUGAUUACUUUAAUCGUCGAAUCAUUGGUGCCUUGGUGGAUCAAGCAGUGUUUGAAGAACUUAUCAGAGAUCAUCUUCCUCAGCUGACAGAACACAUGACUGAUAUGACAUUCUUCUCCUCAGUUUCUCUUUCAUGGUUCCUCACACUUUUUAUUAGUGUGCUACCUAUUGAAAGUGCAGUCAAUGUGGUGGACUGUUUUUUCUAUGAUGGAAUAAAGGCCAUUUUACAAUUAGGAUUAGCAAUACUUGAUUAUAAUUUAGAGAAACUUCUGACAUGUAAAGAUGAUGCUGAAGCUGUGACAGCUCUAAACAGGUUCUUUGACAAUGUCAUUAAUAAAGAUAGCCCGUUGCCUUCAAGUGUUCAGCAGGGUUCAAAUAUGAUUGAUGAGAAAAGCGGUCAUAGUAGAGUGGAUAUUACAGAUUUGAUUAGAGAGUCCAAUGAGAAAUAUGGUAGUAUUCGUUAUGAAGAUAUACACAGCAUGCGCUGUCGAAAUAGGUUGUAUGUGAUUCAGACCCUGGAGGAAACGACAAAGCAGAAUGUGUUGCGUGUGGUAUCACAAGAUGUGAAAAUGAAACCUCAUGAAUUGGAUGAACUUUAUGUCAUCUUUAAGAAAGAACUGUUUAUAUCUUGUUACUGGUGUUCGAGCUGUCCAGGAUUGAAGCACCAUGACCCCAGUCUACCUUAUUUGGAACAAUAUCAGAUUGACUGCCAACAAUUCAGAGUAUUGUAUCACUUGUUGAGUCCCUGGGCUCAUUCUGCAAACAGAGACUCACUAGCUUUAUGGACAUUCAGAUUGUUGGAUGAGAAUUCUGAUUGCCUUAUAAACUUCAGAGAAUUUUCCUCUGCAAUUGAUAUAAUGUACAAUGGAAGUUUUACUGAGAAACUUAAGCUGCUUUUUAAGCUGCAUAUUCCUCCAGCUUAUACUGAAGUGAUGUCUAAGGAUUCUUCAAAAGGAGAUGAACUUUCCACAGAAGAAUUGCUUUAUUUCAGUCAGCUCCACAUUUCCAAGCCUGCGAAUGAGAAGGAAACAGAAUCAGGAAAAAAUAGUCCUGAAAAAGGUAAAGGAAAAAUUGAUAUUCAAGCCUAUCUAAGUCAAUGGCAAGAUGAGAUCUUCAAGAAAGAAGAAAACAUUAAAGAUUUACCAAGAAUGAAUCAGUCACAAUUUAUUCAGUUUUCAAAGACCCUCUAUAAUUUAUUUCAUGAGGACCCGGAGGAAGAGUCACUAUAUCAAGCCAUUGCUAUUGUAACCAACCUUUUGCUCCGGAUGGAAGAAGUCGGAAGGAAGCUACAUAGUCCCACAUCAUCCGCUAAAGGAUUCUCUGGUUCAGUCUGUGAUUCUGGAGGACCCAGUGAGGGGAAAACAGAGAGCCACAUGGGGAAAGACCCUUCCUCUCCUAGGGAGGAACCACAGUGGUCUUUUGCGUUUGAACAGAUUCUUGCUUCUCUGUUAAAUGAACCGGCCCUGGUGAGGUUUUUUGAAAAACCUAUAGAUUUAAAAACCAAGCUAGAAAAUGCGAAAACCUCUCAGUUAAAGUCUAGAACCAAGAUAUAAAUGUCUUAGCAGAAAUUGUCUGCCAUAGUCAGGUUUACCAAGAUUCCUAUAGCCGUCAGCUUGAUUCCUGGGAGUAGUUCUCAGGGGUAUAUUGUGGUACCCAUGUGCUUGAAGUAAAAAAAAUGAAAGAUACUCAGAAGCACAAUGAUUCAUUCCUUUCAGUUGACUGUAAUUUUUUAUAGUCUCCCUUACAAAUGCUCUGUGUGUUUCAAGAUACACAGCCUCAGGGCUGUAUGCUCAGUGCAACCACCAGAGGGCACCACCAUAUCAUUUUUAGUGAGUAAGUUAGAGGAUUGUGCUGCUAUUUUACAUGAGGUUAGUGAUUUUGAAAACGUGGUGGUGUGUUUAUUAGAAAUACUGUUAUGUUAUAUUGCUAAACCUGUUUUCCAAAUUGCCUCAAUCUCAUCAAAAUGCUUCAGAAAGCUGGGCUUUAGUAUAGUAGCCUUAAUUAUCUAGAAGAUUAUGAUUUGGGGCCCUUGAUUCCAAGUUAUCUAACUGAAAGUUUAUCAGCUUUCCAAACAAGUUUAUUCACUAUAGUAAUACAUGAGGUUUAUUUUUUAGCAACGUUAGCAUUCUUUCUGCUUGAAGGAUUCAGAAUCUUGUAGCUCACACUACUAGCUCUGUUACUGAUGUAAAACAAAUCAAGAACUCUAAACUCUGGGGUGAUAUAAAGAAAAAAAUUAUUGGAUUUAGACUUAAGCUGAGUGAAAACAGCCUUUUGAAAAGACUCAAGAAACAGUUCAUUUAACUAUAUAGGCCUCUCAUUAGGCUGAGAGAUUACAAGAAAUUCUUCAGAACACUGCCCUUUGUGGCUUUUAUCUCAGAAUAGCUUGUGAUUGCUUGUGUUCUACCUUUAUAUUUUGAAUUUUCACCAGUCACGUUUUACUUGACAGCAGGUAGUGCAGAAUAGUUACACUAAGACUGAAUUGCUGUAUUAGUCUGUCAAGCACAUGAAGUAUAUGCCAUGUAAUGUUUACAACGGUACUAUGUAGAACUGUCAGCAUCUACCUUAAAAGGUUUGACUAUCUGACUUGACGUAUUUUUACACAGUUUAUGCUACUUCUGUGUCAGUCACUACAUGACAGUCCAUUUAGAGAUAUGUGGACUUUAUUAGCACUUUUUUUUAAAAAAAGCAAACAAACCACAUGUGUCCUCUCUUCUGCCCGGUUUUUGACAAAAGCAAUUUAUUAAGCAGUUAACUUGGGAAAUGGGGGGAGAAUUGUCCAGUGGAGAUUCCUUGUUCAUACAAAACUGGUUUAAAUCCUGUUGACUUGCCUAGAAGUGAAAGAGAUAAAAGGAUAGACCUCCCUUGUGGUGACCAAAGAAGUCUCCUGUACUGGGAAGGAAUUGUUAUGGCCAACCUUUGGCAAGAAUGUACUGUGAAUAAAACCUAACACGGGGCCUUUUUACCAUAAAAUAAGUUACUUUCAAAGAAGUUAAACAAUUUUAAAAGUUGAACUUUUGGAAAUUCCUAUGUUGGGUUUGGCUAAAUACUAUUAAUUUCUUUAAGAUUUGAUUGUGUUGUCUUUUCAAGGAAAUUACCACUUAAAGAGUUCAGAAAUAAGCCUCUAUGCCUUUACUCGGAAAUGAUACAUUGAAAUAUCUCCAAAUUUGCAAGCUUAGUUAAUAGUUUAUAUGAAACUGUUGCACAUCUGCUAUUAUGCCAUGAUUGUUCAAUUAUACUACAAUAGCUCUAGAAAGAUAUGUGGUCUAUGCUUAUAUAGAAAGGCUGUGUUAUACCCACUUCGUUAAAUAUUUUGUCAGUUGUAUUUAUAACAAAUGCUUUCUUAAGAAAAUAGUUUAUUAAUAUUUGAUAUUACUUUAAAGUCGGAAUAUUAAAGAUUACUAAGUAUUUUAUUUUAGACUAAACUAAUUAAAAAUAAAUAUUUAAGGAGAUUUUUGAGUUGCAAAAAGGUUAUUAUAAAAUAUUAUAAAAGAUUCAGGUUAACAAGGCAAAAAAUUAUUUUCUGAGUGUGCAGGAGAAAUAAGCUAAAUACAUUAUAGUUUUAUAGCUGCUUCCCUAUUAAGCAAACAAGUUGUUCCUAAUAUUAAAUACCUUUUGUUGUGUCAAACUAAACCAGUGCAUUAUGCCUUAUACAUUAAAUGUUAUGAGGUGACUUUACUUGUCUUUAUAAAAAUAAAUAGUAUAAAUCUAA